AUGACUUCACAUACCCACCCUGUCAAAUUAAGCAGAACAUUCAAGACAAAAGCUGGUGACGAGCUUUCAAUUGGAACUGGUACUGGUACCAAAUGGAAAAAAGAUUCAAAAUUGGACGAAAUCAAUCAAGAAUUGGUUGAUCAAAUUUUGCUAGCCAUAAAAUUGGGGUACAGACACAUUGAUACUGCUGAAGUUUACAAUACUCAAGCAGAAGUUGGGGAGGCAAUUAAAAAAUCGGGUAUUCCAAGAGAACAACUUUGGAUCACCACCAAAUACAACCCAGGAUGGGGCGAUAUCAAAGCAAGUAGUGCCAGUCCACAAGAAUCAAUUGACAAGGCAUUGAAACAAUUAGGAACCGAUUAUAUUGAUUUAUACUUAAUUCAUCAACCUUUUUUCACUGAAGAAAACACUCAUGGAUAUUCUUUAAUUGAUACAUGGAAAAUUUUGAUUGAAGCCAAAAAGCAAGGGAAAAUAAGAGAAAUUGGGGUUUCAAAUUUUGCUAUUAAACACUUGGAGGCAUUGAAAAAGGUCUCUGAACCGGAAUAUUACCCAGUGGUCAAUCAAAUUGAAAGUCAUCCAUUUUUGCAGGAUCAAUCGAAGAACAUCACCAAGUACUCGCAAGAGAAUGGUAUUUUGGUGGAAGCAUUUUCCCCAUUGACCCCAGCAUCAAGACUCGAUGCCAACCCAUUGACUGAUUACUUGGAGGAAUUGGUGAAAAAGUAUAACAAGACCCCUGGCCAAUUAUUAUUGAGAUACACUUUACAAAGAGGUAUUUUACCAAUUACCACAUCGGCCAAAGAAAGCAGAAUCAAAGAGUCAUUAGACGUGUUUGAUUUUGAAUUGACCAAGGAGGAAUUUGACAAGAUAACCGAAAUUGGUAAUGCCAACCCUCAUCGUGUCUUUUUCCAUGAAGCAUUUAAAGAUUUAUAG